AUGAUUGAGAAGGAGACAAGUCACGCUUCUUCUCCGCUUUCGGCCGAGCAGCAGUCGAAGGAGGCAGAGAACCAUGAAAUCGAGGUGGAGUUGGGCGAACAACCAAUUCAGUCGCCGACCGCGGACUCGCUGCAGCCUCCGCUAUCAAAGGCUCGCACAAUCGCCCUGGUGGCUACGCUGACCGGAGCGGCAUUUUUAAACACUCUCACCGUCCAGGCUGUCGUGAUUGUACUUCCUAGCAUUGGCAAAGCACUCGACAUACCUGUAGCCAGACAGCAAUGGAUCGUUUCAGCAUACUCUCUAUCCUUUGGCUGCUUCCUGUUGUUAUGGGGUAAACUCGCCGACGUUUAUGGCAAGAGACCAAUCUUUAUCCUAGGAUCACUUUGGGUCGCCAUACUCACCUUGAUCAAUCCGUUUGCGACCAACGAGAUUGCCUUUGACCUACUCCGGGGAUUACAAGGUGUUGGCGGAGCUGGCAACAUCCCGACCGCUAUCGGCAUCCUGUCUGCUACGUUCCCUCCUGGAAAGGCUCGCAACUACGCCUUCUCACUGUACUCUGCAGGUGCUCCCAUGGGCUCUGUGAUGGGCAAUCUGUUGGGUGGGCUUGUUGCUCAAUAUGCCUCUUGGCGCUGGAUAUUCUGGAUCCUCUCCAUUAUGGCAUUCCUGGUCACAAUAGCCGGUUACUUCAUCAUCCCAAUACCGCCACCACGACCAGACGCCGAACUGAAGAAGUCCGUGGAUUGGAUAGGAGCCUUUCUGGUGACGGUUGGCGUUCUGGUGCUGCUCUUUGCUUUAGCCGAGGGCAACGUCGUAGGCUGGAGCAAGCCUUAUAUCCCUGUUCUGAUUGUACUGUCGAUUCUGUUCAUCGUUGCCUUUGUCGUUUGGCAACUAUAUCUGGAGCAACGGACGGAGCGACGUCCUCUGAUGAAGAUUACUCUGUUCAAGCGUCUCAAGGUUUCUGCCGCCAUGUUAGCAAUGGCCGUCUUCUUCUCGGCCUUCAACAAUUAUCUCAUCUUCUCGACCUAUUUCUAUCAAGAGCUUAUGGCGGUCCCAAUACCGCCGACAGAGACGUACUGGGCUUAUGGCUUUCCAGCCAUGUGCUUGGCCGUGUUUGGCGCAGAUACCUUGUUUCCCUCGCUACUCCUUCUCGUCGCGCAUAACCUUCCGCCCGAGGACCAGGCAUUAGGCGGAGGUCUCGUCAACGCGCUGGGUCAGAUCGGACGAGCCAUCGGUCUAGCCAUCGGCACUGCCAUUCAAGUCGCCGUGCAGAGCAGUCAGGAGGGAACGCGUGUCGUCCACAUGGAAGCAAAUGUUGAAGACCAUGCCUACCUGCAUGGCUUGCACGCGGCCCAAUGGCUCAACGUGGGCUUUGCAGCGACGGGGUUCUUCAUUGUCGCGCUUGCAUUCAGGGGUGCGGGAGUGAUUGGAGCAUCGAAUUGCCGUGCUAAGGGGCCUUGA